CUCUUAUCUUCACUGUUCUUGUCCUGAACUGCAAUUUCCCUCUUUUCUUACAACCAUCCACCAGCAACAGGCUUGUUAGCUACUUAAGCCCACCGUACCCUCCUUGCUCGCCUUCCAAGAACUCCAACUUUCAAGCCGUUCCCGUGGUUUUCUUUCUCCGCUGCUGCAGAACUGCAGUGCUACCUCCUUCGAUCAUCUCCAAUGGCGAUCAGCCAACUGGUGAACCAGAAGUUCCUUUUCUUGCUUCCUUUUCCUUUCUUAUUCUGGAACUAUCUAAUGAUCUUCCUUGGUGCGCGCUUAUUGCCUCGUUUUCGCGUACUUUUCUAGUUGAUUUGGUUUUGUUUGGGUCGCGUAUUCGUGGCGCGAACUUCGACUGCUUCUUUCGUCUUCUCUUUGCGGUAGAAAUAAUUAGGUUUUUCUGUUAAGUUCUUGCGUCGAUCAUCUCUCCAUUUGGUUCGCUAGUCUUGAAACUGUUUUCUGGCAGGGUCUUGCGAUUUUCCUUUCUUAUUUCGGUGGGUUCUCUGGUUCUUGAGGGUUUCUGGAUAGCUUCUUUUUUUUUUUUGCACUGUUCUGGCUCGAUCUCUGCUUCGAUUCAGUUGGCAACUUGUUUCUUGUGCCGCUGUGUUAAUUUUGCGGUUCUGCUUCCAUUUUUGUUGGAUACUUGUUUGGAUGGAGAGUGAAUCCCCGCCUGUUGUCUCUCUAGUCUCUACUUCUACAUUCUGAUGGUUUGUGAGUUAUAAUUGGUGGAGUUCGUGAGGUUUUUGUGUUUCUUUUGUUUAAGGGCUGAAGUAGAGAGGAUGUGAUGGCUUAGAUUCGGUGGGGAUUUUGAAGUAAAGAAGCACGGAAAUAGGCAGUCUCAAUAUGGAAGAGUCUUGCAAGGACAAUGGUUUUGUCAGAAACGAUAAUGGAAAUGCAGCAGGAGGAGCGACUGCUAUGAAGAAAGGAUGGUCUCUAUUGUUUCCGAUCAAGGUGGAUAAUCCUGAUAACGAGAAUCAAGCACAUCCUCCUAUGUCAAGGUCUGCAGAGUCGCCAAGUGCAGUCAGUUGCUCAGUCUGCAUGAGCAAAAGUUUCUGUAGAAUUGUUAGAUCACGGACGAGUCAAAUGAAUGAUAUGAUAAGCAGAGGAAAGCCAGAGAAAGUACAACCCAUAUUCGACAGUCUGAUUCAGGGAGGCCACAGACCAUCUCUAGUAACAUACACAACUCUCCUGACUUCCUUGACUCUGCAGAAGCGCUUCGACUCCAUAGCCUCUAUCGUCUCUCAGGUAGAGGGGAAUGCCUUGAAACCGGAUUCAGUAUUCUACAAUGCCCUGAUCAAUGCAUUUGCUGAAUCCGGGAACAUGGAGGAAGCCAUGAAAACUUUCUGGAAGAUGAAAGAGAAUGGGAUGAAACCUGAAACCAGCACUUACAACACACUGGUUAAAGGCUAUGGCAUUGCUGGUAGACCGGAAGAAUCUACUAAGCUGGUGGAACUUAUGGCCAAGGAAGGAAACCAGAAACCGAAUCUCAGGACUUAUAAUGUUCUUGUUAGAGCAUGGUGUAACAAGAACAUCGAUCAGGCAUGGAAUAUAGUGAAUAAGAUGGUGGAGUCAGGGACUCGACCUGAUGCAGUUACUUAUAAUACAAUUGCAUCAGCUUAUGUGCAGCAAGGAGAGCCAAAGAAGGCUGAACGUGUGAUUCCAGAGAUGCAGAAGCACGGUUUACAGCCUAAUGACAGAACUUGUGGUAUUAUCAUUAGUGGGUAUGUGAAAGAAGGAAGAGCAAGCGAAGCUCUGAGGUUUGUCUACGGAAUGAAGGAAUUUGACGUGUGCCCUAACCUUGUUGUUUUUAACUCGCUGAUCAAAGUCUUUCUUGACAAGAUGGAUAGAGCAGGGGUUGAUGAGGUCCUAGAGUUGAUGAAAAAAUUCAACGUGAAACCUGACGUCAUUACAUUCAGUACUAUGAUGAACGCAUGGAGCACAGCAGGGUACAUGGACAAGUGCAGGGAAAUCUUUGAUGACAUGGUGAAUGCAGGAAUUCAAGCCGAUGCACAUGCAUACAGCAUUCUUGCCAAAGGCUAUGCUCGUGCAAGUAAGCCAGAGAAAGCGGAAGAGGUCUUUAAAUCCAUGAUCGAAUCAGGAAUCCCCCCGAAUGUCGUGAACUUCACAACUGUCAUCAGCGGAUGGUGCAGUGUUGGCAGAAUGGAUUCUGCAAUGAGGGUUUACAACCAGAUGCGUGAAUACGGUAUCUCUCCCAAUCUGAAGACAUUUGAGACCUUAAUCUGGGGAUACGGGGAAGCCAAACAGCCAUGGAAGGCAGAAGAGGUCCUCCAAAUCAUGAGAGAGUCUGGGGUCGAGCCCGAGAAGUCAACCCAAUUGCUUGUCUCGGAAGCAUGGUCUGCCAGUGGACUAACAAAGGAAUCUGCUGCAGCAGAAGCAGAAGAAGAAAGCCUAGAGGAACUGUAUCAGAAGCAAAUCGCAACAGGGUCGUCUGGAUCGCUUAAGAAAGGUGGUAGGAUCGUGCUGAGAGACCCGACUGCUGAUUCUCCUCCUUCGACGGAAUGCUCGUGGCUUGGGACUAAACAGGUGAAUCUUUCUUACAGCUGUAAAUUCGGGUCGAGGUCGUCGUCGAGGGUUGUGUGUCCGAAGCAGUGCCAGGUGGUGCGUUGCGGUGGUGUAUAUGGUCAGCUUGCACAGCCUUGUACAGUGGGAUUCCUGAACUGAAAAGAUGGUACAUGGACAUCAAACAAAAGAAUCUUUUUUUUCACGCAUUUUUACUUGUAUCUGCAUUUUGGCAAAGGGGGGCAGGCAGAGGGAAACUUUGUGUUGUAGAUAUUGAAAGAAGGCCUUUCCAUCUGUGACCCUACUGAUAUUCUUGCGAAUCCAGUUCUUCUUUCGCAUCUGUUGAUGAAAAUUUGCCGAAUCCGAAUUUGGAUGAAGUGAAAUUUGUACUGUUAAAUACUAUUUUCUUUUGAUUGUUAAUACGAGAUAUAAGAACCGCCUAUCACAGAUGGUACUGCAUCCUCAAUUGUGUUAAUACGAAAACUUUGUGAAAUAUCGAUUG